AUGGUGGAUCAGAGUAAGAAUUGUCCAUUGGGGGAUGCAGAUCUGGAAGUAAGGAUACAGGAGCAAAACCCUAGAGGGGGCAAGGAUGUGGUGUCACCGGAAAAUAGUAGUGGGAGGUGGGUUUCAUGGGCUGAGGCCACUGAGAAACAGCAGGAGGUCAAUCCAUGGCAGAAAUUCGAUGGUGGGAAGAUGCGAGGGAAUGGAUCGAAUUUGGUUUUCAUUCCGCCUCAAGAAAUCGAAGGGCGGAAAAUCUGUAAGGUGAAACAGCAGCCUGUAAGGGUUGGGGAAAGAAGCUUAAGGAGCUCUGAUAAGCCUAAUGGGAAGAUAAUCAGUAAUGAGGGAGAAAAGAUGAAACAGAAAGGAGUGGUGAUCCAACAGAGGCAGCAAGGUUAUAAAGAGGAGAAGAUAUACAGACCAGCUGUUAUAGGGAGGAUGAAUGAGAACAUAGCCAUGAAACAGCAGUUCUGGAAUAGCAUGUUUGAUAGAGGUAGUACAUCAGAGAAUAAGGAGGUGAAGGAAGUAGAAAGUGAGAGGAGGUAG